ACACACACACACACACAUACACAUAUAGAUAUAGAGAGAGAAGAAGCAAUCUAAGCCUAGUAGUAUAUUAACCAGUUUUCGUCUCAAGUAACGGCGUUUUCACCCUCUCCUGGAUUCUAGUGAGAGAGAGAGAGAGUUCUGGUUUGCUGAAGAUUUAGGUUUAGGGUUUCGAUUCACCUCUUUAACCUUGAUACUUACAUACUUUUUGCUUUAAUUGUUGUUGUUAUGAUCAUAAGUACGCAUAUAAUCUCCAGAAUUUGAUGAUUUUGGAGGUUUAGUUUACAUUAUUUCGAAGAACUUUCUGUGCUUGAAGAAUUUGUAUCGAUUUUGACCAUGGAGAAUCAACGGUCAAUGUUUCUGUCACCUGAAGAUCUGUUGUAUAAGGAGUUAUGGAAAGCAUGUGCUGGGCCACUAGUGGAUGUUCCAAGAGAUGGAGAAAGAGUUUUCUACUUUCCUCAAGGCCAUAUGGAGCAAUUAGAGGCAUCAAGGAAUCAGGAAGUGGAUCAGAGUAUCCCUCAUUUCAACCUCAAAUCAAAGAUCCUUUGUCGUGUUGUUCAUACGCAACUGCUGGCUGAACAAGAUACCGAUGAAGUUUAUGCUCAAAUCACUCUACUUCCGGAACAAGAUCAAAGUGAUCUUACUCCUGAUAAAUGCCCCGCUGAGACUCCAAAGCCAGCUGUUCACUCUUUUUGCAAAGUCUUGACGGCAUCAGAUACGAGCACUCAUGGUGGUUUUUCGGUGCUCAGAAAACAUGCAAAUGAAUGCUUACCUGCGUUGGACAUGACUCAGCCUACUCCAACUCAGGAGCUAGUAGCUAAGGAUCUCCAUGGCAUUGAGUGGCGAUUUAAGCAUAUAUUCAGAGGUCAACCUCGAAGGCAUUUGCUUACAACCGGAUGGAGUACUUUUGUUGCAUCGAAAAGAUUGGUGGCUGGGGAUUCGUUUGUAUUCCUUAGGGGGGAAAAUGGUGAAUUACGCGUGGGAGUAAGACGUGCUGCUCAACAGCAUAGUUCUAUGCCGUCUUCUGUAAUUUCAAGCCGAAGCAUGCGACUUGGAGUGCUUGCAACUGCAUCACAUGCUGUUUCUACCAAAACCCGUUUUCUUGUUUACUACAAGCCAAGAACAAGUCAGUUUAUCAUAGGCUUGAACAAGUACAUUGAAUCUUUAAACAAUGGAUUCACAGUCGGUAUGAAAUUCAGUAUGCGAUUUGAGGGUGAAGAUUCUCCAGAGAGAAGGUUUACGGGUACGAUAGUUGGAAUUGAAGACCUGUCUCGCCAGUGGGAAGAUUCUAAAUGGCGCUCACUGAUUGUCCAUUGGGAUGAAUCCACAUCGAUAGCGAGACCCGAAAGGGUAUCUCCAUGGGAGAUUGAGAUUUAUACAACUCAUGUACCAACAAGCUUGGCUCCACCAGUGGCAUCUAAAAGUAAACGGCCUCGACCUCUAGCCAACGUCCCUAAUCCUGAACCUGCAUGCUCGGCUGUAUCUGCCGUUUGGAAUCCUUCGCAUGAGCAAACGGAAAAUGGUGACAAUGGCCGUGCUUUAAGGACACAGUUUAAUGCAGGUGAAACAGACGAUAAGAAAGGUCUCUUGGGUUGGUCUGUUCAUGCGAAUACAAAUUCUAUGCCUCAAGAGUCAACAAAGCUGACGAAUAAUUCCACUAAAAGCUCAGUUGACUUGAAGAAGUCUGAAAGUGUUUCAAGUUGCAGGUUAUUUGGUUUUGACUUGAAAAGUGCCCCCAAAAGUGAUAUCGUACCCGAGGUUGGCCCACCUGUUGAAAGGCGUGAACCGGUGAUUUCAGACCGGAAAUCCGAUAUCGUAUCAAAGGAUCAUAAAAUGAGUCAAAGCAAACAGACAACGUUAAGCCGGAGCCGUACUAAGGUUCAAAUGCAAGGAGUAGCAGUGGGCCGUGCAGUGGAUUUAACCGUGUUAAACGGGUACGAUGAGCUCAUAGACGAACUCGAAGAGAUGUUUGAGAUUAAGGGAAAGCUUCGCCCUAGAACUCAAUUGGAAAUCGUGUUUACUGAUGAUGAAGGAGAUAUGAUGCUCAUGGGUGACGAUCCAUGGCAAGAAUUCUGUAGAAUGGUGAAACGAAUUUUGAUCUGCUCGAGUCAAGAUGUGAAGAGAAUGAAUUCUGGAAGCAAGCCGCAACUUUCUUUCUCCAGUGACACCGAAGCCUCUGGUUUUAGCUUGGAAGCCGCUGAAAAUUAACAAAUUUCGCGCUUUCUUACAUGAUGUCCCCUGUUUUUUUAUAUUUAGGUUUGUGGGCUGUGCUUUUUUUCUUUCUUUUUCUGAAGUCGGUGUUUGAAGAUCAACGAAGGGGGAAUAAGGGAUUAAGUUAUAUGGUAUUGAAGUUGUAGCAAUGGAAACAUGGUAAGAUUAGGAUCCGUGUGUAGCAGUUGUCAACUGUUUAAUGUUGUAUGUGGGAGAUAUGAUCUUAUUGCAUUAUAAUGUUUGUAUACAUAUGGUAAGAUAAUGUUGGUAUA